AUGUCUUCGCUGUCGUCCUUCUCAGGCGAUUCUAGUCUGUGGAAAAAAGGCCCCAAACAGAAACCAUUCCGUGAAGGGUCGUGUCUGGUGACACUGCAGAAUCGGUAUGUUCUGGUUAUCGGUGGCCGUUCUGAGCAGUACCAACAUUUGAAGACUGUGCAGUACUGCGAGCCAGGUCAUGCUGUCGUCAACGACCAGGAUGCCUUCUUUCGCGUUGUUGGAUCCACCUGGACCCAUCCAGCUCCGCCCUUGCCGCAGAUGCUUAUGGAAUGCCAGGCAGCCGAGUUGGACGGUCGCAUCUUUGUGGUGGGCUGCAGUGUCACUGAAUUUGCCGCUGUUCGGGUUGCCGUCUUCUGUCCUCAG